CAUAUUUUUCCGGGGCAGAAUUUCUCAGCGCGAAGUCAAGGAAAAGGGUGGCGAAAUGGAGCAGUGAGAGUGGUCUGAUGAGGGAAGAUGAGUGACUCCAGUGCCCUGGCCAUUGAGGAAGUGUACGACCACGUGAAAAAGGCGAACUACGCGGCAGCCUUCAAUCUACUGAUGGAGAAGCUGGAGCUGAGCCCGGAGAAGAAGGCCACCAUUGAGGAGCUCCUCUCGUUCGUGCUGCACCAGCACACGGAUCAGCUGCAGUCGGAGGAAAAGUACGCCGAGCUCUUUGACUGCUACGACAAGGUGCUGCUGCAGUACCCCAAGGACUGCGAACUGCUCACGGAGCUGGGAUCGCGGCUGUACAAACUCGGACGCUACGUUGAGUCCUUCAGUUGUUUCCAGCAAGUUCUACAGAUCGAUCCGAAGCAUCUCAAGGCCUUUCACAGUCUGCAGUAUGUAAAGGACAAGCUGGUGGAGCGGUGGCACUUUCGGAUGCUAAACGAUUGCCUGCGGAACUGCAUCUAUGCGAGUGUGAUUGCGUCCAAGGUGGAGUUGGGCUGCGACAGCGUGCUGGACAUUGGCACGGGAACAGGAUUGCUGGCAUUGUACGCCUUCCGUGGACGUGCCAAGACAAUCAUGGCCUGCGAAACUUCGGACGUGAUGGUUUCCAUUGCCCAGAAAGUGUUCGCGGCGAAUGGAAUGCGAGAUGUCGAGGUGAUGGGCAAAAACUCUCGGGAACUCACUGAGAAUGAUCUUCCCCAUGGGCGACCAAAGUUGAUAGUUACUGAGAUCUUGGAUUGUGGUGUGUUCGGAGAGGAGAUCCUGGAGACACUGAUGCAUGCCAAAGAACAUCUGCUGGCUGAGGGCGGGGAGAUUUUCCCCCAAGAAGUCACUCUCAUCGUGGCGCCCUUCCAGUCACGAUCAGUCGCCAUGGGAAGUGUCCUGCUCAAUGAAUCCUUCGAAGACUACAUCUUCCUGAACGGCUACAGCAUCGUGGCUCCGCAGACUGACCUGUACGAUACCAUAAGUGUCUCCCAGCUGGCCUCCUUCGAGACCCUCUGUUCCCCAGUGGAGUGCCUGAAGGUGAACUUCAAUGAUCUGCAGCAGAUGCGAGAGUCCUUCAACGGAGCGAGCAACACCGUGAAGAUGCGCUGUGCGCAGUCCGGCUAUGUGGACGGAUUCGUGGUGUGGUUCAAGCUGGCAAUCAACAGUCACGGAUCAGCUGUGAUCGAGAGCAGUCCAACGUCUGAGAGUUGUUGGGAUCAAGCCAUCUUCCGGCUCAAUCAGCGGCUGUACGUGGAGGCAGGCCGAAUGCUGACAGUAACUGUGUCCUGCAGCGGAGGACACCUUCGGUUGCGUCACGCCCACAAUCAGCCCAUGGAAAAGUGCCUGGAGAUCCCCGAGGAUGUGCUGCGCUUCAUCAAUGACACGGAUUACCUGACCAAAUUGGAGUAUGAUGUGAAUUCGCAGCGAAAGGACGGCAGCUUUCCAAUAGUGAUGGACUUUUCGCCUUUUCCCUACCUGGGAAUGAUGCUUCUGAAGGAAAAGCGCGCCCGGAAGCUUUACUGCUCUUCUCAAGCUCGCAGCUUCAUUGCCUUCGUGGCUGAGAAUAACUGUAUCGACGCCGGGAGCAUUGAGUACCUCUCAAGUCCCCUGGAUCCAUGCGUGGCCAACGCCAAGGCCACCUUCGACCUCAUCAUCCUCGCGCCUGUUCAGCAGUGCGGCGACCUUAACAACACUCAUGUGGCCAUGUAUCCGUUGCUGAGGACGAUGUUGCAGCCAAAGGGACUCAUCGUGCCCGACAGGAUCGAAGUGGUGGGCAAUAUUAUACGAUCUGACUGGCUGGUGAAGUCCAGCAUGGUGGUGAAUCCGGAGAUGGACACUUUCGGCAUCUCUCCGCACAUCAAUCAGUACGCCACGCAGCACUUCUUGGACCUGAGUGGCAACUUUGAGCACGUAAAGUUGACCACACUGAAAAUAGCCGAUCUGGCACUCGAUGACGCCCUCCAUGAAACAUCCGUGAGCUUCCGCGCUACGAAAGGUCAGAAGAUCGAUGGCAUUCUCUACCAUUUCAAUAUCUUCUUCACCAGGAGAUCGGAUCCACUUGUGACGCACAGAGCGGACGCGAGGAACUGCUGCUUCCUCAGUCGCGGUGAAUGUGAUAGCAAAGCUCAGCUCACAAUCCACUUUGUGCAGAACUUCGGUCUCAUCAAGUGCAGCAUUGUUGAGUUUGACUGACUUUAGGACAAAAAUGUACGUACCAAUCAGCCCGUGCGCUAGGUGCUAGACCCAGAGUUUGAGAAUCCAGAGAAUCUCAUGGCUCAGAGGCCGUUAUAUGCUGAAAUCCAAUAAUAAAAAUCGUGAUAAACCA